AUUGAUGUUGCCUGGCUUUAAGACUAGCGCAGCCUCCAAACGUUCAUACCACAAUCACAAAACAGAGCAUUUUAUGAACUAGUCUUGAUACGAGUUAAGUCAUCAAAAGGCUGCAAUACUAAGGGGUAAAUGCCUAACAAAACACCUCGUUGCUCAGGCCCCAAAGAAAAAAUUCUACAAUGGGGACAAAAAUGUCCAAUUUACAUUGAAUGCCGACACGACAGUAUAUUUGAUCCAUUUUCAUGUACAUCUUGAGACACACAUUCUACUAUAGUUAGUAAACAACACGAUUAAUAAUUCCAGUAGUUUCAGUUACUGUUGGUAGAGGUGCUCAGAGUUAUGAGAAGUAAAAGUAGAAACAUGUCAACAUUUCCCCAAAGACCAACUCUCCAAACGCUCAGUCUGGUUGCAAUGGCCACUACAGCCUGAGUACAAUGAAGCUCAAAUUUUGAAAAACACAUGAUAGGUUCUGGAGAGUUUUUGUGUAUAGGGCAUGGUGUGGGGUGGGGGUGUUUUGUCAUUAUGCUUACAGAAUAUCUGUUCAAAAAUGCAUUCAAACCUAAAUGAAGAAGUUCAACUUCAUUCGAUAUUCUCCCUUGACUUCCACUCGGGGCAGGGCAAUAAAUCAAGGCCAUCAAUAUGAAUCGCUAGUCGACUCGGCACUGGUAGUAGUCUCGAUGAGUCGACUGGUCAGACCGCACAGAGCCCAAAUUGUCAUAACGGCCCCCUGAGGGAAACCGUAACUGCAAUGUGGUCCGUGACAAAAAAGAGUUUCACGCCCCUUUUUUGAGCACGUGUGUGUGUGUGUGUGUGUGUGUGUGCGUGUGUGCGUGUGUGCGUGUGCGUGUGAGAGACAGAUGCAGUGACGACCUAGAAGAUGAAAAUCCACAAAAAGGACAAGCAGCAGCAGACGUUGGGCGGCCUCCCAAAGCACGCGCCGCUGGCGUCAGCUUCGCCGCCGGAGCAGACCGGCGGUCCGCAGAUUUCGCUGCCUGCAAUCCCCAGGGCCCACCUCCUGGUGGGCUCUAAGGACCAGCUCCGGCUUCUGGCACCUGUGGGCAGCUUGUCCAACCACUGCAAGGCCCCCGCCCUGGUAGUGACGGCGACCCCGCGACCCCCCUCUUCCCUGAGCGAGGAGGAUGACGAUGGCGGCGGGACCGUCGGCAGGUUGAGGAAGAAACGCAAGAAGAAGGACAAACGGGAGCGGGCGGAGGGCGACAACAGAGCCUCGGUGAAGAAGCGCAAGCAGGCCAGGGAGGUGCCUGUCGCCACCGUGCUUCCAAAUAAGAGGAAGAAGAGCAGGACCAAAGGGAGGGGGGACACCACCCCGGACGACCGGGCUGAGCUCAAGCACGAUGCCGGGCGGAAAAACGCCUCUGCCCCCACAGCCGUGCCGGUUCCCUCAGAGGUGCCCGUUAAGGUGCCUGGAAAACGAGGGAGGAAACCCAAGAUCAAAAUCCUGCCCCCUCAUCCCCCUCAUCAAGCCACACCUGCUCCAGCCUCAGCCCUGCCCCCUAAGAACCACAACCUAUCCGGCCUCAAGACCAACCUCUACUCUGUGCCUAAGCAAAGGGCCCGCAAACCCAGAGAUGCUAGCGCCGCCCCGGUGGAGAGGAAGAAGAAGGCCAAAAGGAGAAAGCAGAUGGCGGCGCUCCCCGAGGGGGCCGAAAGUGACGACACCACCUCGCUGUCGGUCAACACGGGCGGAGAGGACAGCCAGGACCCUAUGGACAACGCGAAGCGGCGCUCAGGGCGUCAAGUGAAACGCCGGAAGUACAACGAGGAUUUGGACCUGAAGGUGGUGGACGACGACGGAGAGACCAUUGCCGUGCUGGGAGCCGGACGCAUCGCAGCGCUCAGUGCUACCGCGCUGGCCUGGCAAGCCGAGGAGCCGCCCGAGGAUGAGGCCAACAUUAUAGAGAAAAUCCUGUCUGUGCGACCAGUCAAGAAAGAGCAGACGUCGUCGCCGGAGGAGCAAGCCGACGAGACGGAAGAGUUUUACGUCAAAUACCGAAACUUUUCCUACCUGCAUUGCAAGUGGGCCACGCUAGGUGAGCUGGAGAAAGAUCCCAGAAUCCACCAGAAGAUCAAACGCUUCAGGACCAAGCGGGCGCAGAUGAAGCACCUUUUCAGCGAGCCUGACGAGGAUUUGUUUAAUCCCGACUACGUGGAGGUGGACAGGGUGCUGGAGGUGGCCGUUACCACGGACACGGAGACCGGAGAGGAGGUGACGCACUACCUGGUCAAGUGGUGCAGCCUGUCCUAUGAAGAGGCCACCUGGGAGCUCCAGGAGGACUUGGACCCUGAGAAAAUCAAAGAGUUUGAGGAGAUUCAAAAGCUGCCGCCAGACUUGCGACAUGUGGAGCGUCCUCCUCCGGACAAAUGGCAGAAGUUGGAGCGCUCACGAGAUUACCGCAAUGGGAACCAGCUGAGGGAGUACCAGCUGGAGGGCAUGAACUGGUUGCUCUUCAACUGGUACAACAGGAAGAACUGCAUCCUGGCGGAUGAAAUGGGCCUGGGCAAGACCAUCCAAUCCAUCACUUUCUUGUACGAGAUGUUCAGCAUGGGCAUCCGGGGGCCUUUCCUGAUCAUCGCGCCCCUCUCCACCAUCACCAACUGGGAGCGCGAGUUCCGCACCUGGACGCGCAUGAACGUCAUCGUGUACCACGGCUCGCAGAUCAGCCGCCAGAUGAUUCUGCAGUACGAGAUGUUCCAUCGCAAAGCGCAGGGCAAUGCGGCGCCGAGCGUGCUCAAAUUCCACGCGCUGAUCACCACCUUCGAGAUGGUGAUGGCCGACUGCCCCGAGCUGAAGAAGCUGCAGUGGCGCUGCGUGGUCAUCGAUGAGGCGCACCGCCUCAAGAACAGGAACUGCAAGCUGCUGGAAGGACUCAAACUCAUGAACUUGGAGCACAAGGUUCUGCUGACGGGAACGCCACUGCAGAACUCGGUGGAGGAGUUGUUCAGCUUGCUCAACUUCCUGGAGCCGCUGCAGUUCCCCUCGGAGAGCGCCUUCCUCGACGAGUUUGGGGACCUGAAAACCGAGGAGCAGGUGAAGAAACUUCAGGCUAUCUUGAAGCCCAUGAUGCUGAGGAGGUUGAAGGAUGACGUGGAGAAGAACCUGGCCCCCAAAGAGGAGACCAUCAUUGAGGUGGAGCUGACCAACAUGCAGAAGAAAUACUACCGGGCAAUUCUGGAGAAGAACUUCUCCUUCCUGUCCAAAGGAGCCAACCAGCACAACAUGCCCAACCUCAUCAACACCAUGAUGGAGCUGCGCAAGUGCUGCAACCAUCCUUACCUGAUCACCGGGGCCGAGGAGAAGAUCCUGGAGAGCUUCCGCAAGAAUCACGGGGCCGACGCCUGCGACUUGCAGCUGCAGGCCAUGAUACAGGCGGCUGGCAAGCUGGUGCUCAUUGACAAGCUGCUGCCCAAACUGCUGAGCGGUGGACACAAGGUCCUGGUCUUCUCGCAGAUGGUCCGCUGCCUCGACAUCCUCGAGGACUACCUCAUACAGAGACGCUACACGUACGAGCGCAUCGACGGACGCGUCCGCGGCAACCUGCGUCAGGCGGCCAUUGACCGCUUCUGCAAGCCGGACUCGGACCGCUUUGUGUUCCUGCUGUGCACGCGGGCGGGCGGCCUGGGCAUCAACCUGACGGCCGCCGACACCUGCAUCAUCUUCGACUCGGAUUGGAACCCGCAGAACGACUUGCAGGCUCAGGCGCGCUGCCACCGCAUCGGCCAGAGCAAAGCGGUCAAGGUGUACCGCCUCAUCACCAGGAACUCCUACGAGCGAGAGAUGUUUGACAAGGCUAGCCUCAAGCUGGGCCUGGACAAGGCCGUCCUUCAGGACAUCAACCGCAAGGGCGGUCUCAAUGGGGUGCAGCAGCUGUCCAAGCUAGAGCUGGAGGACUUGCUGAAGAAAGGCGCCUACGGUGCUCUGAUGGACGAAGAGGACGAAGGCUCCAAGUUCUGCGAGGAGGACAUCGACCAAAUCCUGCAGAGACGUACGCAGACCAUCACCAUCGAGUCGGAAGGCAAAGGCUCCACCUUUGCCAAGGCCAGCUUUGUCUCCUCGGGUAACCGCACAGACAUCUCUCUUGACGACCCCAACUUCUGGCAGAAGUGGGCCAAGAUCGCCGAAGUGGAGAUCGACUCCAAGUCGGAGAAGGAGUCGCUGGUGAUCGACACGCCCCGCGUCCGGAAGCAGACGCGCCACUACAAUUCCUUCGAGGACGACGAGCUAAUGGAGUUCUCGGAGCUGGACAGCGACUCGGAGGAGAAGCCGUGCCGCACCCGCCGCCUGGGGGAGCGCAGCCGCCGCUAUCUGCGUGCCGAGUGCUUCCGCGUGGAGAAGAACCUGCUCAUUUUUGGGUGGGGCCGCUGGAAGGACAUCCUCCACCACGGUCGCUUCAAGUGGCACCUGACCGAGAGAGACAUGGAGGCCAUCUGCAGGGCUCUGCUGGUUUACAGUCUGAAGCACUACAAAGGUGACGACAAGAUCAAGAGCUUCAUCUGGGACCUGAUCUCCCCCAGCAAGGAGGGCCAGGACCAGGACCAAGAGCUGCUCAACCACUCCGGUCUAUCGGCACCGGUUCCUCGUGGACGCAAAGGCAACAGACCCAAGAGUCCGCUGACUGUUCCCGAGCUGAAGAAUGCCGACUGGCUGGCCCACUGCAACCCCGAAGUGGUUCUGCAGGACGACAGCUACAAGAAGCACCUCAAACAGCAUUGCAACAAGGUUCUACUGAGGGUGAGGAUGUUGUACUACCUGAAGGUAGAGGUUCUGGGUGAAGCAGCCAAUCAGGCUCUGGAGGGCACACCCGCCAGUAAGCUGGACAUGUCGCUGCCUGACAUCGACUACAUCGAGAUUCCGGCGUCGUGGUGGGAUGCCGAUGCAGACAAGUCUUUGCUUGUAGGCGUCCAUAAACACGGCUACGAGCGCUACAACGCCAUGCGGGCCGACGCCGACUUGUGCUUCCUGGAGAGGGUCGGCAUGCCCGACGUCACCGCGCUUUCCACCGAGCAGGGAGGAGGAGAGCCAGCUGCCGACGCCGCCGACAGCAUUGCAAAAGUGGACGACGUCACCGAGAACGCAAACAGUCAAAGUGAAGGAGGAGACGACAACGACAAGGGAGAGGAGAGCCGCUUGAGCACCGACGGCGCCGACAAGCCGGACGGCGGCGCUGCUGCCCCAGACUCGCAUGCAGCGGCUGCUGACUUGUGCGCCCAGGACGCCACGCUGGUGACGACCAUGUUCGGUGGGGCGGUGGGAAGCGGCACAGGAGUGGCGGCCCUCCAUGUGGUCCAUGCGCGCCCCCUUUGGCCCACCGGCCCGGCGCUGACAGCCCGCCUGCGCCGCCUCAUCACAGCCUACCAGCGCUUCACGCUGCGCCGCGAGCCCCCGCUGCGCCCCGACUUCCUACUCCACGACGGCCUGGCGGGCCUUGGGGUGGUGGCCGGCAGCGCGGGAGGCGCCCCUCUCGGGCACCACGCGGGGGGAGCACUGGCUUGGCAGCUUGGCGAGGAGUUGAGGCGCUGCUCCGCCUCCCACGCUGAAUCAGACGCUGUUUUUAUGGAGUGGCAGAGAAGAUGGAGCCGGCGCGAGCAGAUGGACUUUUACCGCACAGUGUCAUCCUUUGGCGUGGCCUUCGAUCCCGAGAGGAAAGCCUUCGACUGGUCGCAGUUUCGCGUGCUGGCGCGAUUGGAAAGGAAGACGGACGACAGCUUGGAAAGAUACUUCAAUUCCUUCGUCAGCAUGUGUCGCACCGCCUGCAAGCUCCCGCCCAGGAAGGAGGAAGGUUUGACGGACGCUGCCAUUCCAGUGGAGCCUCUGACAGAAGAGCGAGCUGCUCGGACCUUAUACCGCAUCGAGCUUCUCCGCAAGAUCCGCGAGCAGGUUCUGCGUCACCCGCUGCUGCCGGCGCGCCUGCAGCUGUGCCGCCCCUCGCUCUACCUCCCUGUGUGGUGGGAGUCGGGCAAGCACGACCGCGAUCUCCUGGUUGGGGCGGCGCGACACGGCCUGAGUCGCACCGACUUCUACAUCCUCAACGACCCGCAGCUCAGCUUCCUGGAGGCCCACCGCAACUACGUGAGGGGACACCACGCCUCGCAUCUUCACAGGCUGCCGCCCCCCCACUGUUGCCUGUACGACGUGGCCCAGCCUCCAGACUACCCCCAGCAGGCCGCCCAGCAGGUCACCAUUCCCUCUGCUCCCUCGUCGUCCUCCUCCUCCUCUUCUCACCUCCGCGCUCCGCCUCCACCUACCUUGGACGAGGCGACCGCUACAGGCCUGGGAAUGGUUUCCACCUCUCGGGGGGACUUCCUGGACUGCCCUCCACUGGACGAGAGCCUGGCCGACCUGGACCCCAUGUCUGCGGAAGCCUUGCACGGCGCCAAGGCCUCUAAGGACGCCCUGAACGGCUUCCCCUUCAACUCAGCGGCGGGCGGUCAGAGAAUGCUUAACCCGUAUGGACGACUGGGCGGGGCCGAUCUCUGCUCCGAGUUGAGGAGCGACGUGCUGGUGGGUGAGCAGGGAUCGUCCGAAGAGACCGGGCUGCUGGCGCCGUCCGUGGAGCUGGAUCGGCUGCAGGCGCCCUGGGACGGGACCGACCACUCCAGCCCAGCUCACCACAUGUUCAACGAGUCGGACCCCAUCUUGGGUCCCACGGGCUUCCUGGAGGAGGACGAGGAGUCUGGGCGGGGCAAUGGCACAGCCGAUGGGACUCUGGAAGAGUGUCUGGGCCUCCCUCCCCCGUCUUCGCCCUCUCACCCCUCUGCCGCAGACUCCGUAGAGUCGUCCAGUUUCCUGCUUUUCAAGGACAUUGGAGUGAACGAAGAAGCAGGCGUGGAGCAAAACGACCUGGCGGCGAGCCCGCUGCCGCCCUACAUCCCCCCGCACACCCCGCUCUCCUCGCCCGACAUCGCGGGCCACCGGGAGGAGGAUGUCGGGAGCCAGAACGCAGAUGGAGGUGAAAGUGAAGGCCCGGGCAGAGGUGGCUUCCGCUUUGACGGCAAGUGCCAAGACGUGGGCACGGAAAAAGAUGGCCUUCUGCUUGACGCGCACAAAGGUAUCGGCACAAGUGGCUGCAAAAAAGCUCGGCUCGUGGCCUCUCCGUCAACGUACGAGGCCGUUCUUCCGAGUCUGCGUCUGCCUUUGGACUUGGCACACAUGGGUGCCGGCGAGCCUCCGUCGUCGGCGUUGAGGGAUCCGGUGGACGGCAUGGAGGUUCCCAACCAGCUCAUGUGUCCCAUGGAGGAGGUAGACACCCUGAUGUUUGCCGAGGAAGAAGAGGAGGAGGAGAACGACGACGAGGAGCGCACCGGCGUGACCGACUUGAUGACCGGGGCUCACGGAGCGCUUCUCCAAGAAGACGGAUGCCUCAGCGGCCAGCCCGUUGCCGAGCGGACGGCCGACGGCUUCUGUCUUCUGGACGACACUACGGCGGACCAGCGGGGUGAGCCGGCAGCGCCGCCUUCAGAGGAGAAAUCGGAGCUCCGGAUCAAGACCGACGACCAGGACCUUGAGACGAGCACCGUCAAGUCGGAAGUCGGAGUCCGCCGAGAAGGCGAAUCCGUAGAACAGGACGCCCUCCGGCCCUCAGCUGAGGAAACCGAGCCGGGUGCUCUGGACUCGAACGACAGUGGGCGGAACUUUGUGGAGGCCAAAACAGAGCGGCCGGGCCAACUCAGGGGUCAGCCCAAGGACGACGACAUGCCCUCCUCACCAGUGACUGCUGCCGAGGACUAUUCUCGAAGUCCCAGCUUUACCGCUCCCUUCACUGUGUGCGAGUCCCCCGAAAUCCACGACGCCCGGGAGCCCACCAUUGCUCAGCUGCUCCAGGAGAAAGCGCUUUACUCCUAUUCCGACUGGCCCAAGGACCGCGUGAUCAUCAACCGUUUGGAUAGCAUCUGCCACGCCAUUCUGAAGGGCAAAUGGCCUUCGGCCAGUGACCAGUACGACUCACCGGCCUCAGUCUGUGCCAACCACUUGGCCCGGCAGCAGCUGCAGCGCACUGCCUUCAACCCGGGCCCGGCCUUCCCCAUCAUACCGCCUCCUCUUGCCAGACUGCCCAAGUACUCGGGGCGGGGCGGCGGCCGCGGGGCUUGGCGCCUCACCUCCCUCCCUUUCUUACAGGAGAGACUGGUGGCAUCGGGCUUCCUCCCCGAACUCAAGCGUUCCGGAGGGCGGCACUCCUUCGACUACGAAGCAGCGGCAACGGCUAAGGCCCUAGCAGGGAAGGCAGCGGCGAGCAGGACGCCCGGGGUGGACGCACCGCCGGCCAAUCUCUUGAUGAACGGUUGGCAGGAGGCGGCAAUGGAUCUCAGCAAGUCGCCAGGCGACUCGCUGGCUUCUGGGUCAGGGGACGCUGCCCGCAAGGUGCCGCCGCCUAUUACGGCACCCCUGCCGGGCUCGGCGGCAAUGGACAUGGCGGGAAUCCUGCAGGCUGGGCUUAUCCACCCAGUGACAGGACAAAUUGUCAACGGAAGUCUGAGGGGCGACGACUGCCUGAGGAGGAGACGGGGACGCAGGAGAAACGUUGAGGCGCUCUACUCGGAAUUCACUAAAGCUCAAGCCAUGCGCCUCCCUGACACAGCACAGGGUCGCGCCGACGCUCUGAGCCCGUCGGCGGCGUCGCCAUCCACGUCAGCUCAGUCAGCCUCAUCCUCAGAGUGUCCAGCGGCGGCACCGCCUAUGACAUCGUCCGCACCCACUUCGGCGUCCACGCCGCCCCGCCCCGAGGCGGCAGCCAUGGAGCGGGAGGGGACCACCGGCAAAGGGUUGAUGGAGUGGCUGCGACACAAACCGGGAUACAGCUUGGACCUUCCUUUGGUUCAUGUUGGCACGGGCGUGUUGCACGGUUUGGUGGAGCGGCCCAAGCAGCGGCGCCACCGUUGCAAAGAUCCCACCAAGCUGGACGUCAACUCCCUGACAGGGGAAGAGCGCGUGCCCGUAGUGCACCGCGCCACCGGACGGCGGCUGGGUGGCGCGAUGGCUCCAGCCAUCAAGGAGCUGUCCCGCUGGUUGGAUGCCAACUCAGAGUAUUUUGUGGCUCCAGACUGGGCGGACGUGGUCAAACAUUCCGGUUUCCUCCCAGAGGGAAAGUUCUCCCGCAUCCUGACGGAACCGGUCAACCGAGACCCCUCGUCGCGCCGUCGCGGCCGCCGUCCGCGCAGUGAGAUGCCCAAACCCCUCCCGUCAGAUGCCUCGGGCCCGCCGCCGCCCAUCUUCAUGAACGGAGCCCUGUUGAGCGGCGUCGACUCAGUGGUGGCCAUGCAAAACCUGCGCAGCGGGUUGCCCGGCAUCCCUAUCUCCAGCAUCAUGGCGGCGGGUUUCCCUCACGUUUUUCCGGCGGGCGUGGGCGGGGCAUCGGCUGAGGAUGCCAAGAACGGCUUGAGCAUGUUACCCAUGAUGCUGCACGGCAUGCCGCCGUCCCCCCGCGGGGCCGCCGUCCCACAACAUGCACUGUUCAGUGUCAUGCCGCUGCACUCCCCCUCCUCCGCCUCGCCGGCCGCUAAAGCCACUGCCAGCGCAGCAGAGAUGGGCGGCGGCACCUCGGCGGCAUCCGCCGAGGCCGCCCCUUCCCAGGGCCAGAAUAACUGCGACCCGCAUCCCGGCGGCCAUCUGACUUUCAACCCCUUCCUGAUACCCGGCGUGUCGCACAGCCUGCUCUACCCGCAUAUGUUUGUGCCACACGGUGGCAUCAUGGCGCUGCCCGCCGUGCCGCACGGCGCCUCUGCUAACGAUGCCUCCCCGGGGAGCCCCAAGAGGAGGCGGCGGCGAGAGCGGGACGAGUCGGAGCGGGCCCCUCUGCGCCAGAAGCCUGAUUUGCUCCAGGAGCCAGAACCGCAGCCGCAUCGGGAGUCAGAACUCCAGGAGGGAGCGGAAUGCCGUCAGGAGUCGAAACAUUGCAAGGACCUGGAUCUGCGCCUGGAGCCGGAAGAGGAGCAGCAGCGCAGCGAGGAGCCACAGCCGCAGGCCGAGCGGAGCCCUUCUGUCCCGGUGCCCUCGCUGUCCCCGACACAAGAAGCGCACUGCCAUCAGAGGCCUGCGGGAGAGCCACGUGACCCAGAAAGGGGAGCAAGACAAGUGGAAAGACAGGAGCAGGGCGUCUAACAGUGUAGGAAGGAAAGUCUGAGUGUAACGUUUGUGCCCCAUCUGUCAGUCAGUCAUCCGACAUGAAUCCUCCUCCUUCUCGGACCAACAUGUUUUGUUUGACGUAGCCCCCUCCAUCGGAAAUACUCCUUUCUAUUCUCUGAGCUCCAAUGGUCCCUCUCGGGCGGGCACUUCCGUUUUCCACUUCAUCUCUUCAACGCCGACCCAUCACGACAAAAGCAAAGCAGAGAACAAUCAUGAUGCAUGUUUUUGGUUGUAUGAUUUUUGUUUUUUUAUGACUGAGAAGACCAUGCUUUCAAAAACGCACGCACGCGCACAAACACACAGUCACUUUCUUACUGACAAGUGUUAGAGCCAGUCAUCAACAAAUCCCCCAUCAAUAUAUGUACAUUCUCUUGAAGACAACGUUUUGUUGGGGAAAGACUUACAUUAAGCUUAAAAAAAAAAACACUUUAAUUUGAUUUGACUUUAUCCUUAUAAUAUUGCAACUUUUAGGGUAAAAGACUGGCGUCCAUGACAUGUUUUUGUGGAGUCCGUGGCUCUCUCACUCACUUUGACAGGUGCCGCAGGGAGCAGCAACACAUUAAUCAACACACAUUUGCACAGUUCCAUUGGGCAGGAACUUGGAAGCCAAUUCACUUGUCAUCAAUGCACACGUAUCCUUAAUUCGCCCAUUAAAAGGGAUUGUUUGUAUCUUUUGUGACAUUGCUACACAUUCACACACAACAGCCCUUUUUUUUAACUCGAGGGCAGAGGACGAGGUAAUUUGGAGUGUAGCUUGGAAAGUCAGAAGACCCCCCACACACACACGCACACACACACACUUACCCCACCAACCUGUUUGUCUCCCAACCAGCUUCGAAUUGGGUCGCAAUCGGACUCUACUGAGAAGUUUGGUUGAUGGGAGCGCUUCCGUUGGCAAAUAAAAAGCACCCAAAAUAUUUGCUUCUCAUUAGAACGUAAAACUCCCUGUUAAGCAGAAUGGCUUCUUGAGAUUUUCUUGUCCGGGAGCUGUCUGCCAAAUUUCUCGUCACGUGCGUAUUGAUUCAAACUAAAAUGGCCACUUGACAUCAAACAAACUUUUUUUUGGGCAUGGCCUUCAGAGACUCUUUUUGUGGGUCGGCAAAAUCCAGGCUGCUUGAUCAAGUCAAGUCAAGUUUAGUUAUAUAGCCCUAAAUCACAGACAAGUCUCAAAAGGUUUCACAUGUGCAAAAUUGACAAUUAUUCUCAACAUCCCCUGAUCUAAACUCCCAGGAGGGCAAGGAAAAACCCGUACUGGGGAAAAAUGAGAAACCUUGAGAAGAGACCACAGAUGGGAGGAUCCCCCUUCCAGAAUGACCAGGUUGCAAUGGAUACAGAGAGGGCACGUAGACCAUAAUGUAAAACAAUCCAAAGAAAAAAUAUAUGUCCAUAUUCAAAGUGAAGAGCUGCAGUGCCCUCAAUUGUCAUGGCAGUGUGAUCAAACUGGCUUUGGCGGUGGAUCCUCCCCACAAAGACAAACAUUGUUAGGUCCACUUGAAAUGGCCCUGCAAAGGUGGGCUUCCAAUCUAAAAGUGGCUUGCUUUUUUGCCCCCCCCCCACCGUGGCAUGUUGACCAAACAAAUCGCCUUCAGAUCAACCCCCUGUUAAAAUGUUUCCAUUCAUCUCCUACCUUCUGAUCAGCAAGUUGAAGAGGUACUCCCCAUAAUUCCACCCGUUGGUAAAAUACUAAAUGGGUUGUAGCGCUUUUCUACCUUUGCUACUCCGAGCGCUCUGCACUGCUUCCCUCGUUCACCUACUGAUGGAUGAGGCGGCAUCUAGAGCGACGCUUCGGCGCAGUCUUCACAGUGGCUGCAGAGCGAACCUCCGACCUCCGGCUUGGGAGACGACCACUGAGCCACGCCGCCCCCUUCCCAAAACUAAUUAGGUUGCCCUGCAAUAGUGCAAGUGCUACAUGUGGAAAUUUCACUCUAAAAGCCAGGACAACUGUUUUUGGCUAGUCGUGUAUAGAUGUACAUGUCCUGUAAAGUGUACAGUGCAGUAACGUCGCUGAUACUGAGCGCUGCUGUGACUGCUGACAAACUGCAAGUCAUUAACAUUUCCUGAGAUGCCGCAAAAGGGCACCCAAGCACUACUUUUCUGUUUCCAAAUGACGCUCCUGUCUCUUGAAUGUAGUCCUUUGGCAAUGAGAUGCUACGACAUGGCGCCAAAGCUCUACUUUUAUAUGCGACGAGGCUUGGUCGCCAACGUGGGCUGUUUCAGAAAGCACAAUGGAGCAAAAAGAAAAGCUUUGGGGUUAAAAAGCGGAAAAAAUAGGUUUGCAAACGUAUAUACACACAUAUGUAUAUAUCGACAAACACGUGUGGUGCUGUAUAUUGCUUUUUUUAAUGAUUCCUUUUGGCCUUCUGCUUGUAACUCAUUGGCUGACUGUGUGUGCGUGUGUGUGUGCGCGCGCGCACGUGCGCAGGAAGUUAUGAACAUCCAACAGGGUCACGCUGUUUUUGAAAUGACGUGAAAAAAAUACAUCAUUUUUGCACAGUCCUCGUGUGUGGCAAGACAAAAAAAA